AUGACUGAGAGUCAGCUGUCCUUUCGGGUGGCUUUGCUCAGUGGUGUGGAAGGCAAUGUGACCGCGGAUGCCAGCCAAAAGGUCGUUGAAGUGAAGAGCAAGAUCUUGGAAGCGCUCAACUUGGACGCGGCCGCGUUUUCGCUUUUCCUAGACUCAGCUGCCGGUGAAGAGGUGAAGGAUGACUGGAGCGUCGCAGACAUCUCUGGUCGCAGCAUUCUUGCCGUGGUGCAAUCGGAGCCGGAAUGGUGCACAAAUAAGCGCUUCUCCAAGAGUUACAUCCGGGGACGCCGAUGUGGUCUGGAAGAGACCAGUGUGGACAUAGACCUCAAGAUUUAUGCCGGCGGCACUUUCAGCUACAGCAAGAAGCACCAUGACCAUGACGCCGAGUGCGGCUAUUCGUUUGACUCCCAAGUGACCGCAACUGGCAAGUGGAAGCUUUGUUGGGUCGCGUCGGAGAUGUCGGAGGUCUUGCAGCUCACGGGAGAAUCCACCAAGCACGAGAGCCAGACGGUUCGCAGUGACCCUGGUGAAUCCGGCGAUGAAGAUGAUAAAAAUGGCGAGAAUAGAGACUACGAUCGGACCACGACCCAAGCUUUCUCGCAGGCGUUUUCGAAGGCUGAGUUGACGACCCCGGAUAAAGGACGUCAUGCACAUGGCGGUUGGACGGUUUCUGCUUUGCGAAGAGCUGGGUGA